GCAUCUCCCAUCUUCAGAAUCGUUAUUAUGUCGUCUAAUCCACCAGAGCGAGGUAACACAGCAGCCUCGGUUAUCCCCCGGAUGCUGGACUCCUUGCGGGCUCUAGCUCUGGCUGAAGAAGAUAAUGCAGAUAGGCUCAAGUUGCGAGGCAAGGUAGCUUGGUUCGGUGACGUGUUGAGGCUCCGAGGCUCUACUAUCCUGAACGUUUGGAAAGCGGUCAUAAUUGUGACAGUAUGGGCUACUGUGGUAGCCGUGGCGGAUUUUGUGUAUGGAAGGGACUUCAACUUGUCUAACCAGGUUGUACCAUUGCUAUCAGUUGUCGUUGGUCUGAUGCUGGUGUUCCGCAACACGACAGCUUACGCUAGAUGGGACGAAGGUCGAAAAACUUUCACCUCCCUCCAAUCUCUUGUACGCAAUCUGGCCCGAGAUUACUGGAUAUCCAUCGGGGCUCCUCCUCCUGGUCACGACGUGGAUAUCGAUAUACUUACUCCAGACGAAGUCCGGACAAAAGCUAGAUGUCUUCGCCUUAUGGUCGCCUUUGUCAUCGCGGUCAAAAGACACAUCCGAGGACAGUAUGGAAUCGAUUAUGAAGAUUUAAGAGCUGUCCUUCCACCUGAAUUUUAUCAGCAGGCCAAUACGCCUGGGUUCGGAUAUGAUGCGGCGGAUGCAGAUAUUGAAAAUCCGAUUCAUACCGACGUGUUAACCGACCAAUCUCCUGAGAUGUCUGGUGAUCCAGGCCUCAACCCUGGAACGACAAACAGCUCGACGAACGAGGUUCCCUCCUAUGCCAUCUCAUCUCGCGCAGGUCCUCGAGACUGUAGACCUCGACGCAGACCGACUUCAGUCUUUGCCACUCAGGUAGAAGAAUGGCAGGGUGCAGACUUGUCAAACUCUAUGUCAGAAACCUCACCACUGCUCAGAAAGUCAGCGUCUGAUCACCGACUCGAAGAUUCAACUGCGGUGGUUGUGCAUAAUUACCUUUCAAAGCCAUCCUUGCCGCUCCCCUUAGUUAUUGCUCAUCAAUUGCACCUAUACGCAGCAAGAUGUAAACAAAAAGGGUACUUGGAAUGUAUUGGUCCACCCGGACUUGGCCGUUUGACACAAGGCGUUAUGACCAUGACUGAUCUCUUUGGUCAAAUGGAGACACUCGCAGAUGUCAAAAUACCAGCUUGUUAUGGAAUUCAUCUCAAACAAUGUACAACCUUAUACUUGUUUGCUUUACCGCUUACUCUUGCAUCAGAUCUCAAUUGGAUGUUGAUCCCUUUUGUGACGAUUGUUGCAUUCACUCUGAUGGGUAUCGAGGCUUUAGCAAGAGAGUGCGAAGACCCAUUCGGAACGGAUGCAUCUGACUUACCAUUAGACUAUAUGUGCGCCGAGUUAAGAAAUGAGAUUGAACAUCUGAUUGCCAAACUUGGCCCCAACCCCCAUAAAGACAUCAUGUUUUGAGCCCCUCCUUUCUUUCUUUCUUUCUUUAACCUGGAUUCAUAGUCCUCUUUGCUGACUUGCACUGCAGUGAGAUAGUCUCGCGAAAUCAUAACCCACAUCAAAUCAUAGUGGUUUUCUCUUUGAUGUCCUUGUUGCUUCCUGCUGUACUCAACCUCAACCCGCUUCUUGGGAAUCCAGUUCUGUCACAUUUUAAACUCUCAUGAAUACGUGUGUGCCUGUCCCCCUGAUGUCCCGACCUAUAAUGUAUUUGUAUCUCUAUGUUGAUUUUAGGAGCUUGAAAGGGGUGACGUUGGCGGAUCGGGUUUAGUUUUCUCUGAUGCCUAAAUUUCUUCUUCAUACAUGCGAUGUAGAAGCUACAAUUGUUGACUAUCAAUCAAACCAAGGAGUGGACAUAAUGCUGUCUUCU